UUCCUCUCUAUCCCUUUCUCUCAAUCAUAAUUCCUCGAAUCCUCGGUUGUUCCGGCGAGUGUUUCCAUUUCGUUCGAUCAAAAACAAUAAUAUUUUCUAGAGAAGAAAAGAAAUGUUUGGUAGAUGGAAAUCCAAACAAACUUGUUCCACAAGGUUGGAUGAAGAUAGGUUAAGCCAAUUACCAGAUUCUUUAAUCUGUCACAUACUUUCUCAUCUUCCCACAAAGGAAGCUGUUAAGACGAGUGUUUUAUCCAUCAGAUGGAGAGAUCUCUGGCUUUUGGUUUCACGUUUGGAGUUAGAUUCUCAUGAAUUCCCAGAGUUCAAAGCCUUUGUGAGUUUUGGUGCCAGGUUUUUCCACUCGGAUAGGGUUUCAUACAUACACAAGCUGGAGUUAAGUAUUUAUGAUACUAGAUAUUUAGCUAGUGUAGAUCAUGAUCCCUCUUAUCUCUUACCAUGGAUUGAUGCAUCAGUUAAGCGUAAGAUCCAACAUCUACAUGUUCGGUGUCAUCGAGAAGUUGAAGUUCCAUAUGAGUUAUUUUAUGAGAUGCCUCUAAGCCUUUGUGUCUGUGAGUCACUGGUCUCCUUAAAACUUCAUAUGGUGGCCUUAGCUGAUGCCGAGUUUUGUUCCUUACCUUGUUUGAAAACUAUGUGCUUAAAAACUGUUUGGUAUCCCAAUGAGACCAUGUUUGGGAGACUUGUCUCAUCUUGCCCUGUCCUGGAGGAGUUAGAGAUUGCAACAUGUGUAGUUGACAAUGGAAAAGUCUUUCGAGUGCUCUCUAGGUCGUUGAAGAAGCUAGCUAUACGCUAUUUUGCGCGUAUUGUUGGUUCAGAAACUGUGAUUGAUGCUCCUAAACUAUGCUUUUUGAGAAUCGAUGGGAACUUAUCAGAAAACUUUAUGAUAACCAAUAUGGAUUCCAACUUCAAGUUAGAUAUUUCUCUCGGCUUUGGUUUACGGUUAACUGAUCAAGGAAGUAAAUUCCAAAGUUUUCUCCUCGGGAUUUCAAAGGUCAGGGAUAUGACAAUAUUGAGAGAGACUUUCAAGCUCAUAUGUGAAUACUUGAUAAUAAAACCGCUGCCUCGGUUUGGUAACAUGUCCCGCUUGUGGGUUUCGUUUCGUGUAUCUCAUUUGAAAUGGUUACCAAGAUUUCUUGAGAGCUGCCCAAACUUGAAAUCACUCAUCUUGGAAUGUGUUGGUGAUUUUAAGAAAAUACCUUUCGAGGAGGAGAUGAAUCAAAUCAGUUUUUCAUAUGUGCCUGAGUGUUUGUCAUCGUCUCUCGAGUUUGUUGAUUUCAAAGUCCCAAUCCAAGGAUGUGCUGGAGACAUGAAACUAGUAAGGUACUUCCUAGAGAAUUCGGCAAUCCUCAAGAAACUCAAUCUAUAUGUGGACCAUAAUAAUUCAUCGUCUGUCAUCAUCUUCAAGGAACUCCUCAGAAUCCCAAGAGGGUCUACCAAAUGUGAAGUCGUCGUCCUCUGAUUGGUAAAGAGUAGAGAGAAUAUUGUGAGGUUUUGUGAUUUUGUCUAAAGCUAGCACAAAGUGAAUAUGCAUACUAGUUUCAGGGUUUGGUUUCUAACUUGUCUGGCAGGUGAUAUUUAUAUUUUUAGACCUUUCUCAUAUAAUUUGACUUCUGCUUAUCUGUUCUUCAAGUAUAUAUAAACCGUAUUUGACCCAAAAUAAUUUUAAACAAAAUGGUUCCGACUUUGUCUGAUCCGGGGAAAAAAUCAGGAUUAGACGAAUUUUUAGUAUCUGAACAAAAUUGGUUAUAUCGUACAUUCCGGUGCGUUCUGCUUGGAUUAAACCAUUGGUUCAGAUCGGACAAAACCGAGUUGGCCUAUUUCACACAUCUUUAAUUCCCUUAUACGUAACGUGGCACUGUCUUCUCUCUUCCCUAUUUUAAAACCCUAAGCCGAC